AUGGAUUAUAAGCUGUGUGGAAGGUUUCGUACAUUAAGAGCAUUUUUUCCCGAUGAAUCAGACAAAUCUACAGAUUAUGAUUUUCAUAAUAAUGGGAGUAUUAGGAAUUAUUGCCCUAAUGGAGAUUCAGGAAACACUAAAGAAUGUAAGACGGAUUUAGAUAAAAUAAAUGCUGCAUGCUUAUGGUUGUUCGAGCAAAUUAUUAUUAAUAAUAUUGAUAGUUUAAGUAAAGAAAAAUCUGAAGUGUUUAUUAUAUAUAUUAUGAUAUGGUUAAGUUAUAUGUUAAACCUAAAGAAUGUUAAUAAUAUCAAAAGCCUAAAAGAUUUUUAUACUAAUCAUAUAAAAAAUAAUACGCAUUAUACAACUUGUAAUAAAUCUGAUAAUGAUUGUAGCAAUUCAUUAAAAAAUAAAACGGGAUAUAAUAAUUUUAAGGAAAUCAUAGAAGCAAACAAAUGUUUUAUGAGUAUUAAUAUUACAGACAUGUCUAAAUUUUAUGGUGCAUUUAAAUCAUUAUGUGAAAUGUAUUCUGCAUUUGAUGGAAACACGUUAAAUUGCACGAAAAAUUUGAAUCAUGCUAAUGAAUUUGUUAAAAAAUAUAAAGAGCUUAGUGGCGAUUCUAGUAUUACUGAAAACAGUUCAUGUAAUCAAGUAUUGUCUACAUUAUCAACUGAUUAUAAUAAUUUAAAAAAUAAAUGUAAUGAUGCUCAAGGUAGCAAUUUUCCAACCCUUUCAGAGGUAAACACACCACAAAUUACUACAAAAGGUACUGAACAAGCUUCUGUAACUAAUUCUGCACAAAAUUCUAAUGUUACAUCAUCAAGUUCGUCGAUAGUAAGCAAAGUAAUUCCAGUUUUAUCGAUAUUUGCUGCAAUACCUAUUUUUUUGGGAAUUUCUUAUAAGUAUUCGUUAUUUGGAUUUCGGAAAAAAGUUCAAAAACAUUUAAGAGAAAAGCUAAAAAAAUAA